UUUAGUUAUAAUAGUCAAUUUUAAUAUGGCUGGGAUUUUUACAUCAUUAAUUCGCAGGGCACCAAGUCUGAUGAAAAUAGGCCAAUCUACUGUGAAUAAUAUUGCCGGAAGGAAUUUAUCUGUAUCUACAUCUCUGUUGACCCCAAGAGUGCAGCAUCCUGCACCAAAUUUCAGUGGGACUGCUGUUAUCAAUGACGAUUUCAAGAACAUUCAACUGAGUGACUACAGAGGCAAAUAUGUGGUGCUGUUCUUCUAUCCUCUCGACUUUACCUUUGUAUGCCCUACCGAACUCAUAGCAUUGGAUGACCGAAUCGACGAUUUCAAGGCAUUGAAUGCUGAAGUGAUAGGUUGUUCAAUAGAUUCACAUUUUUCUCAUUUGGGAUGGAUGAAUACAAAAAGAUCUGAAGGAGGAUUGGGAAAGUUGAGGUACCCCUUAUUAUCUGACAUCAACAAAGAUAUCGCCAGGGACUAUGACGUUUUACUGGAGAAUGAUGGAGUAGCCCUCAGAGGGAUGUUUAUCAUCGAUCCCAAUGGAAUUUUGAGACAGAUAACAGUCAAUGAUUUACCAAUUGGCAGAUCGGUGGACGAGGUUCUUAGGCUUAUUGAAGCAUUACGAUUUGUGGAAGAACAUGGAGAGGUAUGUCCUGCCAACUGGAGAAAAGGCGAAAAGACUAUCAAACCCGACCCAAAAGGAUCCCAAGAUUACUUCAAGUCAACCCACUCGUGAUGGUAAAGUUACUGUCUUAUUAUAAUUUUAAGUUUAUAUGGUCUGUUCAUUGUUUGAAUAAAUGGUAAAAGAGUAG